CUGCUCCAACCAUCCGGGCCAAGAGGCCUCCAAUCAGACCUGGACAGCUCCAGCUGUGUACUGAGGCGCUGGACCAGCCACAUCCCCUGGGGCUGCAGUCGAAGCAGAACCAAGUGGCCAUUCCGGCAUAAGACACAGAUUCCUGGCUCCUGGAGCGGGCAGAGCCAGCAAGGGGGCAGGGGGCUUUUGCUCACAGGCCCCAGUGCCCAGCGCGGGCUCUCCGAGGGCAGAAUGGCGCUGCAAGUGGAGCUGAUACCCACCGGGGAGAUCAUCCGCGUGGUUCAUCCCCACAGGCCCUGCAAGCUUGCCCUGGGCAGUGACGGGGUUCGGGUGACCAUGGAGAGCGGGCUGACCGCCCGGGACCGGGUGGGGGUGCAGGACUUCGUGCUGCUGGAGAACUUCACCAGCGAGGCCGCCUUCAUCGAGAACCUGCGGCGGCGAUUCCGGGAGAACCUCAUCUAUACCUACAUCGGCCCCGUCCUGGUCUCCGUCAACCCCUACCGGGACCUGCAGAUCUACAGCCGGCAGCACAUGGAACGGUACCGCGGCGUCAGCUUCUAUGAAGUCCCCCCUCACCUGUUUGCCGUGGCCGACACCGUGUACCGAGCACUGCGCACAGAGCGGCGGGACCAGGCGGUGAUGAUCUCGGGGGAGAGCGGGGCAGGCAAGACGGAGGCCACCAAGAGGCUGCUGCAGUUCUACGCGGAGACCUGCCCAGCGCCAGAGCGUGGAGGUGCAGUGCGGGACCGGCUGCUGCAGAGCAACCCCGUCCUGGAGGCCUUUGGAAACGCCAAGACCCUCCGGAACGAUAACUCCAGCAGGUUCGGGAAGUACAUGGAUGUGCAGUUUGACUUCAAGGGUGCCCCCGUGGGCGGCCACAUCCUCAGUUACCUCCUGGAAAAGUCCCGAGUGGUGCACCAGAACCACGGGGAGCGGAACUUCCACAUCUUCUACCAGCUGCUGGAGGGCGGCGAGGAGGAGACGCUUCGCAGGCUGGGCUUGGAGCGGAACCCGCAGAGCUACCUGUACCUGGUGAAGGGCCAGUGUGCCAAAGUGUCCUCCAUCAAUGACAAGAGCGACUGGAAGGUCGUGCACAAGGCCCUGACGGUCAUCGACUUCACGGAGGACGAGGUGGAGGACCUGCUGAGUAUCGUGGCCAGCGUCCUGCAUUUAGGCAACAUCCACUUUGCUGCCGACGAGGAGAGCAAUGCCCAGGUCACCACCGAGAACCAGCUCAAGUAUUUGACCAGGCUCCUCAGUGUGGACGGCUCAACGCUGCGAGAAGCCCUGACACACAGGAAGAUCAUCGCCAAGGGGGAGGAGCUCCUGAGCCCGCUGAACCUGGAGCAGGCCGCCUACGCGCGGGACGCCCUUGCCAAGGCAGUGUACAGCCGCACCUUCAGCUGGCUGGUCGAGAAGAUCAACAGGUCACUGGCCUCCAAGGACACGGACAGCCCCAGCUGGCGGAGCACCACCGUCCUCGGGCUGCUGGAUAUUUACGGCUUCGAAGUGUUUCAGCACAACAGCUUUGAGCAGUUCUGCAUCAAUUACUGCAACGAGAAGCUACAGCAGCUGUUCAUCGAGCUCACGCUGAAGUCGGAGCAGGAGGAGUAUGAGGCCGAGGGCAUUGCGUGGGAGCCUGUCCUGUAUUUCAACAACAAGGUCAUCUGCGAUCUGGUGGAGGAGAAGUUCAAGGGCAUCAUCUCCAUUCUGGAUGAGGAGUGUCUGCGCCCUGGCGAGGCCACAGACCUGACGUUCCUGGAGAAGCUGGAGGACACCGUUAAGCACCACCCGCACUUCCUGACGCACAAGCUGGCUGACCAGCGGACCAGGAAAUCUCUGGGCCGAGGGGAAUUCCGCCUUCUGCACUACGCUGGGGAGGUGACCUACAGCGUGACCGGGUUUCUGGACAAAAACAAUGACCUUCUCUUCCGGAACCUGAAGGAGACCAUGUGCAGCUCGAAGAAUCCCAUUAUGAGCCAGUGCUUCGACCGGAGCGAGCUCAGUGACAAGAAGCGGCCAGAGACCGUCGCCACCCAGUUCAAGAUGAGCCUCCUGCAGCUGGUGGAGAUCCUGCAGUCUAAGGAGCCGGCCUAUGUCCGCUGCAUCAAGCCCAACGACGCCAAGCAGCCCGGCCGCUUUGACGAGGUGCUGAUCCGGCACCAGGUGAAGUACCUGGGGCUGAUGGAGAACCUGCGCGUGCGCAGAGCCGGCUUCGCCUAUCGCCGCAAAUACGAAGCUUUCCUGCAAAGAUACAAGUCACUGUGCCCAGAGACGUGGCCCUCGUGGGCAGGACGGCCGCAGGAUGGAGUGGCUGUGCUGGUGCGGCACCUGGGCUACAAGCCAGAAGAGUAUAAGAUGGGCAGGACCAAGAUCUUCAUCCGCUUCCCCAAGACCCUGUUUGCCACAGAGGAUGCCCUGGAGCUCCGGCGGCAGAGCCUGGCCACCAAGAUCCAGGCUGCCUGGAGGGGCUUUCACUGGCGGCAGAAAUUCCUCAGGGCUAAGCGAUCGGCCAUCUGCAUCCAGUCAUGGUGGCGUGGAACGCUGGGCCGGAGGAAGGCAGCCAAGAGGAAGUGGGCCGCGCAGACCAUCCGACGGCUCAUCCGAGGCUUCAUCCUGCGCCACGCUCCGCGCUGCCCCGAGAACUCCUUCUUCCUGGACCACGUGCGCACCUCUUUUCUGCUAAGCCUGCGACGGCAGCUGCCCCGGAAUGUCCUGGACACGUCCUGGCCCACGCCUCCACCUGCCCUGCGAGAGGCCUCAGAGCUUCUGCGGGAGUUGUGCGUGAAGAACAUGGUGUGGAAAUACUGCCGGAGCAUCAGCCCUGAGUGGAAGCAGCAGCUGCAGCAGAAGGCCGUGGCUAGUGAGAUCUUCAAGGGCAAGAAGGAUAAUUACCCUCAGAGCGUGCCCAGGCUCUUCAUCAGCACUCGGCUUGGUGCGGACGAGAUCAGCCCCAGAGUGCUGCAGGCCCUGGGCUCUGAGCCCAUUCAGUACGCUGUGCCUGUCGUGAAAUACGACCGCAAGGGUUACAAGCCCCGUGCACGGCAGCUCUUACUCACACCCAACGCCGUGGUCAUCGUGGAGGAUGCCAAAGUCAAGCAGAGGAUCGAUUACGCCAACCUGACCGGAAUCUCUGUCAGCAGCCUGAGCGACAACCUGUUUGUGCUUCACGUACAUCGUGAGGACAAUAAGCAAAAGGGAGAUGUGGUGCUGCAGAGUGACCACGUGAUUGAGACACUGACCAAGACGGCCCUCAGUGCUGACCGAGUGAACAACAUCAACAUCAACCAGGGCAGUAUCACAUUUGCAGGGGGUCCCGGCAGGGAUGGCACCAUCGACUUCACCCCGGGCUCCGAGCUGGCCAUCACCAAGGCCAAGAACGGGCACCUGGCUGUGGUCGCUCCACGGUUCAAUUCCCGGUGAUAAAGGCACCCGCCGGACCCUCCCAACCCCCAAUGCUUCGCUUACCUCCCCUCACAGCUGCCAAAGACUCGAACUUCAGACAGGGACCCAGGGAUACCCCGAAGCCCCCCUGCAGACUCCCGCCUUCUGCCCAGCCCUCUCCCGAGGGAGCAGAGGGGCCGGGAGCUCCCUGGGGGUGGGCCAGGCCGGGUAACAGCAAUGGCAAAGCCGGGGUCAGAGCGACCCGUGCCAGCCCUACUGCCGAUGCCAAAUAUUUGAGAGAAGGGAACUUUUGCUGAGGUUUUCUCUAAGAUGUUUUGAUGCUUUAUAGGAAACUAUUUUUUAAAAAGCCAUUUCCCACCCCAGGACACGCUGGAUGUGUUUUCCCUAACUCCAGCAGGGCAGGGAAUGUGGCUGAGAAGUGGGAUGGGCUGGGCUCUGGUGCCCUCUUCCCCGGCCAGGCCACCCUCCUCCUCAUUCCCUUGGCACCUUGCCUAUCUGUCCGCCCAUCCCCCUACCUGCCCACUGUACCUCGUGCGGCCCACUGUGACUUCCACCUGGGGGCUGAGACCACCCUUGACCGCCUCCUUCUUCCUGCCUAAAGAAUGCCCUUUUAGGCUAGGCAUGGUGGCUCCUGCCUGUAACCCCAGUGCUUUGGGAGGCCGAGGUGGGUGGAUCACCUGAGGUCAGGAGUUUGAGACCAGCCUGGCCAAGGUGGCGAAACCACAUCUCUACUAAAAAUACAAAAACUAGCCAGGCAUGGUGGCGGGCACCUGUAAUCCUAGCUUUUCAGGAGGCUGAGGCAGGAGAGUUGCCUGAACCCGGGAGGUGGAGGAUGCAGUGAGCUGAGAUCACACAACUGCAUUCCAGCCUGGACGACAGAGCGAGACUCCGUCUCAAAAACAAAAAAGAAUGCCCUUUCACUGUCAUGAUCAUUGGGCUCUGAGGAUGUGCUGGAGUGGGGAAAGACGUCUCAGACCGUAGAGGUCCGAAGACCCUUGAGAUCAUCAAGCCCAGCCCUGAUGUUUCAGAGCAGAAGGCGGAGAGGGGAAGGGCUUGCCCAUGUCACACAGCAGGCGCUGCAAAACCAGGACUGCCAGCCUCCUCUGCCUCUCCCAGGGACGGGGGCCUGUAAAACACAGGUCUCCUCUUAAGAGUGGAUCUGGCUCCCUCACCAGCCCUCAGCCCUGGGGGCUGCCAGGUGGGAAGAGCGCUUCUGCCUGGGUCCAUGCCUUGGCAUGGCAGACACCUUGCCCACACACUUGGGCCCCACUCAAGGAUGUAGGGCUUUUCCUGGCGCCUCCCUGGCACGGGAGCCUAGGGAAGGGGCUGGCCGUGGGAGGAGCGGCAGGGGCAUCACCUCUUUCUGCUGCUUCUCCCCACCCCUGCCCUCAGGCCUGGGGGCUGCCCAGCUGCCUCUUUGCCCUUUGGGGGUCUCAGCGCACUGCUGACACUUCUGCAAUCCAGAGAAACACUAAAUAAAGCAAUAUGUGUUUGCCAA